AUGCCGAAGAAACCAGCGGGGCCCCCCCCACCCCCAAAGUCUGCGGAUGAAACACCAAAGAAAGAGGGGGCCCCCCCCAAGGACUUGGGGGGGCCCCCCAAGGAGGGGGGGGCCCCCAAGGAGGGUACAGCUCCUAAAGAGGGUACAGCAGCGGCUAAGCAGGAGGGGCCCCCCAAGGAAACUCCAAAAGAGGGGGCCCCCAAGGAGGGGCCCCCCAAGGAGGAACCACCGAAGGGGGCCCCCCAGGGGCCCAAGGGGCCCCUAACAAAGCUAGCACCGAAGGAGGUGCCUAAGGAGACAGCAAAAGAAGCAGCGAAGGAGGCGGGGGGGCCCCCAGGGGGGCCCCCCAAGGGGGGGCCCCCAAAAGAAGCAAGUGCAAAGACAGUGCGGAGAAUUGUGUUUGGUGAAGGGGGAAAGACAGCGAAAAUUGCUGAAGAAAAAAGCGAACCCAAGACGGAGCACUUCUUUUUGACGCCUCAAGGGACGGUGGCGAAUCUCCCCAGAUGCAUUUUGCCGAUUGACAAGGCGCUGCUGCCUCGGAUAAGAAAAUGCAAAGCGGGAACAGAGAAAGGGCCUGGGGGGGUUUCGCUGCCGGUGGUUAUUCUUUUGGAUGAAAACAACGCAGAAGUAUGCAGGCUACCCUGGCAGGUGGACUUGUAUUCGUUUACUCUGGCUCAAGCUUCUCUCUCUUCUCUAGCAGCACAAAAGCUGGGGUUGCUGACGAAAAAACAAGAAGAAGAAAAACCCAAACAGGGUUUGAAGGAAUGGCUAGCUGGACAGGGGCUGGCUAAAUUUGGGUUAACAAAAGCAGCAGCUGGCGGCGUGGGGUGGGGGGCCGGCGCCGGCCUCGGCGGAGAAAUUUCAGGGGACCUAGCAACCCUCGCCGCUGCUCUCGCAAAAAAACCAAAACCAAAAGAACCCGAGAAAAAAGAACCACCGAAGAAGGGGCCCCCCAAGGCGGGGCCCCCCGGCAAAGGCCCAGGCGGCGGCAAGGGGCCCCCAAAGGGCCCUCCGGGCGGCAAGAAGGGCCCCGGGGUAAAGAAAGGCGGGGGCCUGAAGAUAGGAAAGAAAGACGAAGGCAAAACGAAACGUUUUUUUUGGGACCCCAUAUUUGCUGAUGAUGUUCAGGGCACUCUCUUUCAAAAAAGAGAAACAUUCCCAGUUAAGAAAGAAGAUGUUGAGGAGACGUUCGCUAAGGUGGCCCCCAAGGCGAAGACAGAAGUCAAAAAACCCAAGGUCGUAUAA